GGAUAUUUCAAAGAAAAACAUAAUUUUUGCGGCAUUUCAUUAAAAUAAUUAAAAUAAGUGAAUUUCAGGAAAUUGAAGUGAUUAAUUAACAUUAAUAUAAGCUAUAAAGGCUUAAGUGACAGUUUGAAAUCGAAAGUACUGAGUGUCGGGUCGUGAAUCAAUAAGAAAAGAGGAUUUUGUGCAAACAUAAUUAUACACGUGCUAUUGUUUUGAUAAUUUAGUAAUUAAAAUGAAACGAAAAUUAAGCAAUGAAACUGAGGAUGAGGAUGAUAAGAUGGCAACAAUUGAAAAUGAUCCAGCAGCAAAAGGGGAAGUGAGCAUGAAGGAGUUUGAUGUAAAGCAGUUCAGACAAAUGCUGAAGAAAUCUGGAAACUUUUUUGAUGAUCUGAAACUGUUUAAUAAUAUUGCGACAAAAACGCCAGACAUUGUCUUUGACUUCAUAGCAAGCGGUGGCAAGUCAUUAGAAGUUGUGGAAACAAUAAAUAGUCAUCAAGAAUCGAGCUUUGAAAUUCUGUCAAAUUUGUAUAUUAUGCUGCAUUUUAUUAUUAAGGCAAGCAUCAAUGACGAUAAUCUACGAUCAGAAUCAACUGUACAGGCAUUAAAAUAUCUUGUGAAUAAGAAUAACACAUCUAUAAUGAAGAUGCUUUCGUCAUCAAAGGCUACAGAUAAAAUAACAAUGCUUAACAUUCUAACAAUUGCAGUACAAAUUGACAGAGAACUUGGUCAUGACAUUUUGAAGAAUGUUGCAAUAUUCUCUAAAGUUAAUGAGAAAAGUGAUCUUGCGAUUUUUGAAGAGGAAGUAAAAGCUAAACGACAGAAAACUUCACUUACUGGUACAAUUAGGGAGGCUUUCACGAACUUCUUUAUGAGUUUCUUAUUACGCGAAACAGAUGCGAUAAUGUGCAAAAAGAUUCUACAAAAGCAUGCACUAUUCGAGUUCUUCCUUCAAAACUUACAUCAAGAUGGGUAUGAUACAAUUAAAGACGUCCUAAGUUGCCUUACAAAAAGCGUUUUGAUAUCUUCAUCAUUUAGUAAGCCUGAAAAAUUGAAAAUCUUUACUGAUGAUGCAGUUAAGCAUCUUUUAAAACUUUACGAAUGGAAAGGAGAUAGUGAGGAAAGAGAUAAUGUUGUAAAUUUAUCACAUCACUUCCUGAUACUUUUACUCACCAAUCGAAAACAUGGAAUAGCAUUUAAAGGACUUACAGAACAUCGUCAAAACUUGAGACAACUUCAUAUCCUUGGCAUUUUCAAAAAUGUUUGGAUGCAUGAAUAUCCUUCAUUACUUGCGAUUGAGAUCGUUAAAUCAUGUCCUGAUUUAAUGCAUAAUUUAUUACAUCGUUUACUUAUCGGGUUACCACCAAAAGCAACACCAAAUUGGUUCAUGUGCGCAAAUUUCACAAAGAAAUUAAUCUCUGAAAUCGAUCCACCGGCAAUGAUGAAGCUUAUUAGCACAUUGGAAGCAAAAAAGAUAUCCAAUAAUAUCAUUCGUUUCUCAAUGUCACAGUUUAUUCUUCAGAAUAUCAAUGAAAAUGCUUUAAUUCAACAAGACAAUUUGGAGAUUCGUGAAAUAGCCAUAGACUUAUUGUUAAGGAUGUUAAAGCAGUGCUGUAAAUAUUUGGAUGAGCUGAGUAAAGUUGACACAUUAAAAGAUUUUGAAAAGCACAGAAUAAGAUUCGAUUUAAUUAAUCAUUUAUUCACAUUCUAUCCACACAUCGACAUCAUUUUGAAUUCAUUAUAUCGCAGCAUUGUGUUUUGUAAACGCAUUCAAACUGACAGAAACAAAGAGCUUGUAAAGUCUCAAUUGAAAAAUACACUUGAUAUCUUAUUGCUACUUAUUGAAAGCUUUCCAUCAACAAUCGAAAAGAUUCCAUCAGUCGUUGAUUAUCUUGAAACAUUGAGACAAAUUUACGAAUAUCAAUUAUCAGCUAUAGAUGACAUCAAUAAGAAUGAGAACAUUGAGAUUGAAAUGAAAAUUGUCAAGAUAAUUUUAUCGUUGCAACCAAACAUUCUUUCAUUAGACACUGAAAUGUUUAAUAGAAUUUUUACGAUUAUGGUUCAAGUGCAUUGUUGCAGCACAAAUGAAGCCUAUAGAAAGGAAUCGAGGGUUUUGUUGUUUAGAAUUAUUAAAAAUAUUUCACUUUUCUCGUCGACCAGUGAUUUGGAAAUAUCGAUUUGGCUUGAAGCUUUUCGAAACAUCCCAAAUGGAAUCUUAAAGGAAUCGAUCAAUACAUUCAUUAAAGUUCUAAAAUCAAAUCAAAAUGUGGCUGAAAUGAACUUUAAAUGGAACUCAGGAGCGGCUAAAACUUAUGAUUUGAGUCUUUUUGAGAUGAUUAAUAACAGCGAGAGUUCUGGUGAUAGUGUUGUAAGCAAUAGCUGCCAAUUAAGCUAUGCUUUACCUAUUUUAUUAACAUUUAAACCGGAAAAACUCAACAGAAUCAUUGAAUUCAUUGAAAUGCUAACAUUAUUGCUUUAUCAUUCAUUUCCGGAGAUGAAAAAGUCAUUUAUUGCUUUACUGAAACAAGAUAGUUUGGAAGUAAAUACAAAUAUUGCCAAUUACAUCAAAAAGAAAUCGCUAAACACUUUUGAUGACAUUAUAGUUGGAUGUAGUAAGUCAGUUUAUAAAGAAUUUCAACAUUGCCUCGUUAACAAUCGUGAGUUUGAAGAAAUUUCAAGUGUUGAUGGUGAAAAGUGUCAGUUGCUGAUAUUGCAAGCAAUUUUCUGUGCAACAAAAUUAUCUCACAGCGAUUUGCUGAGUGAUGAAAAAAUCUUGGAAUUAACAAAAUACAUUAAAUGUUUUUACGGAAAGAUUCUUGAACUAGAAGCUGAUAAUAAGAAUGGAUUAAAACAAUUAAAGGAUGACAAUGAAAUAAUUGAACAAAGUGCCAACAAAAUUUAUGAAUGUGAUGUACAAUUAAUAUCAUCGAACCUAGUAAGCUACAUUUUUGAACACAAUUCAAUGCUUUUGAAUGAUUUUAACAUCAAUGAAAUGAAUCAAGUAACAAAACUCAUUGAAAGCCUUCUUUCUGUAUUUAACACAAAUGAUCAUUUCAAUCAGAAGCUUAAGAAAUAUUGCUUGAAGAUUGUUCAACAAUUAAAGGAUCUUGAUACACUUAAUGAAUCAGUUCUAGAUGUCAUUGGAAAGUUUCCAUUUGAAAGUGAUCAAUAUCAUGAUUUAAUAGCAUUAGUAAUGAAUAAGCCAGUAGAUGAGAAGUCUAUAAAAGCAAUCAAAUUGUGCAUUGAUAAAAUUACAACUCCACUGACAACAACACAGAUGGAAAAAUUGGAGAAAAUUUAUGUUAAUUCAGUUCUUAAUACAACAUAUGAUUUAAAUGAGUUUGAAGAAAGUCUUAGAACUUAUCUAUUGACAUUUCCUCACAGUUUAGAAGACAUUUCAUGUGAAAUCUUUAAAAUUGUCUUUCAAGAUGAUGUGGCAUUGACAAAAUCUUAUUUGCAGUUAAUAGUUCUGCUGUUUAGUCGCAAAAAUGAAUGGAAUGAGCUUUUCAUCAGCAAUGCAAUGAAAGUCAAGAAGGAAUUUUUAUAUCCACUACUACAUAUUGCUUUUAAAAAGAACAUCAUUAAUGACGAUAUGCUUAAACCACUUUAUGCUGAAUUCAAAUCUGGAAUUAUAAGAGCAAUUGAAAAGCCAAAUAAGGCUGCACAGAUUUAUCGUGAGAAUAUUGAGUCAUCGAUACAGCUUAUUAAGUUUGCAAUGCCACAAAAUGAAUGUCGUGAUUUAGCUUCGAAGAAGUUUAAAUUUGAAUCGAGCGCUGUCUUUCAAAUUAAUAUGCUGCAUGCUGUAUUUACAAAAGCUCUUGAAAUUGAACAAAAUGAUUUGGUCUUUUAUAAUUUUAUUAAUCAUUGGAUUCAACUUUUUGGACAUGCUGAAUCUAAGGACUAUGAAGAUUAUCUUAAUAUUAUGACAAAAUGGAUUGAACAUGUUCCAGCCAGUGCUGAGGAACGAAUACAAUUAAAUGAUGAAAGUUGGACUAAAUUCACAACUGCAUGCUUAAAGCAUGGACUGAAAUCAAUUGAUCAUUCACAAAUGUUGGUUAUUUUGGGAAAGAUUGUUGCAACACUAAAUGUUGAUCCAAAGGAAGUUGUCAAUAUCUUUGACAUGAUAUUUUCACAUUCUAAUUUCUUUAAUCUUGCCUUCAACAUGAGAUCAAUUGCUCGUAAUUGGAAACGUAAUUUGUUCUACCUUAUCAAUGUCUUAGUACAGAAAAAUCCAGAAAUUGCAAAUGAAAAGCACAUCCCAAUCUUCUUAUCGUCAUAUCAAGCCACAAUGUCAUCAUGUGAUCAACUUAUUUUGAAUUUACUUCGAUUUUAUGAGAUUCGAUGUGGAAUUAAUCUUCAUGAAUACAAUCCACUCCUAUUUGGACAAGCAGCUUUAAAUCAUUUUACAUCACAUGAACAUAAUGAAUUGAAGUUUAUUAAAAAUAAUUCGCUUGAUAAAAUGGAUGCUGUCUUCUUUAAGCUUCUUAAUCUUUUCGAAAAGUCAAUGAUUGAGAAUACAUUGAAUAAUUAUCCAAUUAAGAGACAAUUGGCUGGAGUUAAUUUAACAGAUUUACACCAACUUGUGAAUAAUGAUGGCGAUGACAACAUUUACGAUCCUGGAUAUUUCUUGCCAUUAUUUGAAAUGAUUCUUACAAGUUCAUCAUUCAAGUUCUUAUCAGUUGCAGUUAAAAAUGAGUUAAUUGCUUUAAUACCGCCUGCAUUAUCAUGUGAAGAUGAAAAUAUGCGAUUACUUGCUGCUCACAUUCUUUUGAAGUGCCGUGAAAAUACAGAGGCAAAAAAAAAAACGAAAGGAAUUUGGAUUAGAUAUUAUGAUUCAAUGCAGAAGGGAAUAGCAGAUGUGAAGGAAGGCACAAAAUCUGAAAAUAAAAAUGAACAGCAUUUUCCACGACCAGCUUCAAUUUCGACACGUUUGUUGGCUGAAUUCUGCAAAAUAAUUCCCAACAAGCUACAUCCAAUUUAUAGUACAGUUUCAAAUUAUUUGAUUAUUAAGGACAAAUUUGAAUUUUCUACAAUUCCUGAGUUGCUUGUACUGUUUCAUAGCAGUGACAUUCAACAUGAAGACGCUCGAUUGUUUAUCCUUAAUAUGAUUAAUAAUGGAAUCAGUGAUGGCUUAGACUUUAAAAUUUUAAAUAACACUCCAUUCUUAAAGAUGAUUCUGUCAUGCUAUAAAUGUCCUUUAUCAAGCCGUAAGAUUGACUUAUUGAUUCUUAAAAUUGUUGAUAAGCUCGUCAUUAAAUGUGAAAAGACGAAAUUUUUAAUCGAUAAGUAUGGACUUGGAUUGUGGAUCUUCCAAAUAUCUGUAAAUGUUGAAGCAUUUGAAUAUGAUAUUAUAGAAGCUAUAGUUUCAUUGAUUUAUCACAUUUUUCAAUCUAAUAAGGAUAAUGAACAAAUUACGAAAAUAUUGAGAGAAUCCUUAAUCAUACUGUUGAAUAAGUUUACUAAAAGCAAGUUGUCGCUCAACUCGUUUUUGUAUGUGCUGAAAGUUUUGAACCAAAUGAAACAUUUUAAAUAUAUUAGUAAUGAUGAUUGUACCAUAAUUCAGGAAAUAGCUAGUGUUUUUAUUCCAACUGAGUACAUGUCACGAAUAUUGUACAUCCAAAAUUAUUCUAAAGCCUGUAAAUAUCUUGAAACCACUGAUUUAUUUAGAAAAUCUAUCACUACUGAUCAGUCGACAGUAGAUGUCAUUGCUGAAGCUAGAGAGUUUAUGAUUAAUUUUUAUACUACAAAUAAUGUUUAAAAUUAAAUUGUUAAGCUAUAUUUUAAAUGAAAUGGAAUCAGAUAAUAAUGAAAUCUUAAAAUUAUAGGAUUUAUAUUAA